AUGGGUUCUCCAAUGCUUUUACUGGAACUAUUCCUGACAGCAUUUCUAGGUAUAAUUCCCCCAUCCAUCUCUAACUGUUCCUCUCUUGAAUAUCUGGACUUGUUUAAUAAUCAACUACAUGGUGAACUUCCAAGGACACUAGGAGCAUUGUCCAACCUUCAUCUCCUUUGGGUUCACAUUAAUGUACUCUCGGGUACGAUUCCCCCAUCCAUCUCUAACCUUUCCUCACUUCAAAAAUUGGUGUUGUCUAAUAAUCAACUACAAGGGGAACUUCCAAGGAGAUUAGGAGCAUUAUACAACCUUCAAUACCUUUGGGUUUCCGUAAAUUUACUCUCGGGUACGAUUCCCUCAUCCAUCUCUAACAUCUCUUCUCUUCAAAGUGUGAACUUGGCUAGUAACCAACUACAAGGGGAACUUCCAAGGAGCUUAGGAACAUUGUCCAACCUUCAAUUCCUUUGGGUUCCCUCAAAUGUACUCUCGGGUACGAUUCCUCCAUCCAUCUCUAACCUCUCCUCUAUUCAAUCUUUGAUCUUGAUGGAAAACCAACUACAUGGAGAACUUCCAGUGGAAUUAGGGGCAUUACGUAGCCUCGAGUGGCUUCAAGUUUCCUCUAAUAGUUUAAGUGGUACAAUUCCCCCAUCCAUCUUCAACCUCUCCUCCCUUCAAACAUUGCAGUUGUCUUACAACCAAUUACAAGGAAGUAUUCCAUCAGAUAUAGCCUUCACACUUCCUCAAUUACAAGCUCUAAUCCUUUAUAAUAAUCAUUUGUCCGGACUAGUACCAAUAUCCUUACUAAAUCUCACAAACCUUCAAAAUAUUGAGUUGGAGAAUAACAACUUCACAGGCAACAUCCCAACUCAUUUUGGACAACUCCAUAACCUACAAUACCUUGGACUUGAGCAAAAUAAUCUAGUGGGUGACAUCAACGCUAUAAUAUACUACUGGAAAACUUGA